AAAACACAAAUGCCCCCCAAAUAAAAAAAAAUAUUUACCCUCGUAUUCGGCAAGGAAAUUCCCGGAGGAGUGUUGCGCGUCGGUUUUUCUAGCGGCGUUGUUGUUCGUCUUUUCCUUUUCCAAAAUGUGUCAAGCCUAGAAAAGAAGAUGGAUAGUGGGUUGUUAUCUCUGAAGUGGAACAACCAUGGAUCUACGUUUUUCCAUGUAUUGUCAACAAUAAGGAGAAAGGAGUCCUACUGUGAUGUGACGCUGGCCUGCGAUGGCAAAUUCUACCCUGUGCAUAAACUGGUUCUAUCCACAUGUAGUGAAUAUUUUGAGGAAAUCUUUACUAGAACUCAGUGCAAACAUCCUGUGAUAGUGCUAAAAGAUAUAAAACAUGAAGAGCUUGAAGCUCUACUUAAUUAUAUGUACCUAGGGGAAGUGAAUGUUUUACAAGCAGAUUUAGCUGGACUAAUAAAAGCUGCUGAGUGUUUAAGAAUUAAGGGACUGGCUGUGCCAGAUGAAGCCCCAACAUCUAAAAGUGCAACUAAAGACAGUAAAAGGAGUGCGAGCUCCAGAGACAGUAGUCCACCACACAACAAAAGAGUGCGACACGAUGAAGAUAGUCGAAGGACGUCCAUUUCUGGUCAGAACCUGGAAGAUCCCAGGAGCCUUAGAGAAUCCAUUUCUAGAGAGUCAAGAGAUAUAGCACGUCCAAAUACAGCGAGGCUUGCGUCUCCAUCUUCUGUUGAAGGGUUUGCCAAUUCUGCUUUCACCCAGUCUGGUCAUAAUCAAGAAAACAAUAGAGACAGCAGAGGUCCCACGCCCGACACUGAAAGACAGAAGGAGUCAAGACAAAAAGAAGUGCCACAAACUUCAUCCCCUAGUCAUGUAGAGGUGCUUGUACAGGAUGAACCAGUAGUCAAAACAGAAGUGUUAGAGGAACCUAAGGCAGAAGAGGAAAAUGAAGAGGAUGUCAUGAACUCUGAUAACAGUAUGGCAUAUGACCAACUGACGUCAGGCAUGCAAGGUGAUGGGGUAUCAGAAAGUCAACAGAGUUUUGAUCCUCAAGUCUUGACAUCACAACCACAAACUAUGGAAGAGCUGGUUGCACAAGCCAUGCCAGGGACUUCUGGUAUACAGGGGGACUCCAUGGUUGGGUGGGGUGCAGGUCAGGCUGGAGGAGGCGGGGGUGACCUGUCUAGGUUCUCCCUCGAGGCAUUCCAGCUCGAAGAUUCCCAGAGUGGCUCGCAGGGGUCAACGCAGCAACAGAUGGGUCGCGGAGGGCAGGCGAAUGCUGGUGACGACUUUAAGCCAUACUCGUGUGUCUUCUGUCCAAAGAGAUUUUCACGGCGGGACAACUUAACCCUUCACUUGCGUACUCAUACUGGGGAGAAGCCAUAUCAGUGCCCCCACUGUGAUUAUAGGACUACAAUAAGUUCAAACGUGUACCGUCACAUGCGAAACAAACACCAACAAGAAAUCGAUGGAAAGCCAUAUAGGCACGCAGCAGCAUCAGCUAUAGGCAUAUGGGGAGUUCAGACACCACCGAAUUAUUGACAUAGGAAGAAGUUUUAAUUUCAAAAUUUAUGUUCAGUUAAAACCCCAGAUAUGAUAAGGUACUUUAUGAAGGAGGAUUGAUAGUAGAAUUGUUUUUUGAGACACAUGGGUAUUAUGCAGAUCAAGAAUUUUUAUUCUUUCUGUCUAUCGCCGGCAGUUUCUGUGUCAGAAAUACGAUCAUGGCAUCAGAUAUACAGUAUAAAUGGUUUGAGGAAAAAUACAGAGGCAUUGUAUAGUGUAUGUAGUAAAAUGAUACCAUUGAAAAUGAAGUUUUAAGAAUAGGAACAGGGUUGUAUUUUAAAAAGGUUUUGUUAUUUUAUCUAACACUUGAUUUACAUGUCAUAGAAAAUGAAGUGAGGAAAAGCCAGAAGUCUAGGAGAUUAUGCAGAUUAAAAAAUGGUUUCUCCAAAUUGAAUAUCGGGUUAUUUACUUACUCCAUACUUUUUUCUUAUGUUCGUCAACAUCUUUACUCAAGUUAGGAGAGGUUUAGGAGGCAGACUUGAUGGUGUAGUUAAAAGAAGAGAAUUACAAUAAAGAAAUACACAAUUUUUCUUUUCUUUUUUCUUUCUUUUCUUUUGAUGCUUAUUCUGCUUUUAUUACAUUGUCAGAAAUACAAGGUCUUCUGAAAUUGAAUGAAAGUAAAUGGUCAUCUGGGGCUGUUUUGCUUAUUUUAUAUAUUUGAUGUAGUUACCUCUUUUAUAGAAGUCCUUAAUCCUAAAUCACUAUACUUUGCAGUCCUUUUAUCCAAAAGCCAGAAUUGUGAUUCCUCCAAAUGGUAAAAAAAAAUAAAUUACCAGACUUAUUUUCUCUCCCUUUCUUGUCUUUCUCUUUUGCCUUUUUUUUUCAGUUAAUGAUGGAAAAUUAUGUAUAUGUGCUUUCAUACAAGAACAGCAAACACAUUAUGCCGGUCUCUGAUGUAUAGUAUAUUUUAUGAUUUGAUUGGUGCAGCAUUAAAAGACUUCAUCUCGGA